AUGAGCCAUGCUCGAGGUUUCUGGCGCCCAAAGGGCGGGGAGGGGGAGGUGGGCGGGGCGGUUGCCAAGGUUACAAAGGCCGUGGCGGGCGGGGGGCGCGCUACGGUGGCCGGGAGGCGGCGGCGGCGGCGGGCGGCGGCGGGGCCGGGGUCGGGGUCGGGGUCGGGCCCAGCAUGGGCGACCGCGGCGGGAGCGGGGGGGGGCCGGAGGAGACGGGGGGCAGCGGGGGGGACAGCGGCGGCGCGGCAGAACCCCGGCCCCGGGCAGGGGGACGGCGGCGGCGGUGACCCCGCUCACGACCCCGGAGGAGAUUUCAGGUGCCACAAGGUGCAGGAGUCUCUGCUGAGCUCGGCCAGCGGCUACAGCAACUACCGGGGCAUCCUCAACUGGUGUGUGGUCAUGCUGGUCUUGAGCAACGCCCGGCUCUUCCUGGAAAACCUCAUCAAGUACGGGAUCCUGGUGGACCCCAUCCAGGUGGUCUCCCUCUUCCUCAAAGACCCCUACAGCUGGCCCUCCCUCUGCCUGAUCAUCGCGGCCAACGUCUUUGUGGUGGUGGCCCUGGCCCUGGAGAGACGGCUGGCAGCGGGCUCCCUCUCGGAGGGGGCGGGGGCCGCCCUGCACACCCUCAACCUGCUGGCCAUCCUCUGCUUCCCCGCCGGCGUCGUGCUGGUGGUCACCUCCAUCACCCCAGUGGGGGCCGUCUUCACCCUGGCCAUCUACACCAUCGUCUUCCUCAAGCUCUUCUCCUUCAGGGACGUCAAUAAGUGGUGUAGGGAGAGGAGGGAGGUGAAAACAGCCCCCCCGGCCCCCGAGGACAGCUUGGCACCAGCCAAGAAAGCCAACGGGGACGUGGGGAGGAACGAGGUCACCUACCCGGCCAACCUCACCUACAGAAAUCUGUACUACUUUCUCUUCGCGCCCACCCUGUGCUACGAGCUGAACUUUCCCCGCUCCCCCCGCGUCCGCAAGCGUUUCCUCCUGCGGCGCCUCUUUGAGAUGCUGUUCUUCAUCCAGCUGCUGGUGGGGCUGAUCCAGCAGUGGAUGGUGCCCACGAUCCAGAACUCCAUGAAGCCGUUUCGGGACAUGGAUUAUUCCCGGAUCAUCGAGCGGCUCCUGAAGCUGGCUGUCCCCAACCACCUCAUCUGGCUCAUCUUCUUCUACUGGUUCUUCCACUCCUGCCUGAACGUGGUGGCCGAAGUGAUGCAGUUCGGGGACCGGGAAUUUUACAGGGACUGGUGGAAUUCGGAGUCGGUGACCUAUUUCUGGCAGAACUGGAACAUCCCCGUCCACAAGUGGUGUCUCAGGCACUUCUACAAGCCCAUGCUAAAGCGGGGGGCCAGCAAGUGGGCAGCCCAGACGGCCGUUUUCCUGGCGUCUGCCUUCUUCCACGAGUACUUGUUGAGCGUCCCCCUGAAGAUGUUGCGGCCCUGGGCGUUCAUGGGGAUGGCGGCUCAGAUCCCGCUGGCCUGGUUCGUCUCCAAAUUCCUCAGGGGUAACUACGGGAACGCGGCCGUCUGGAUGUCCCUGAUCAUCGGCCAGCCCAUCGCCGUCCUGAUGUACGUGCACGACUACUACGUGCUCAACUAUGAAGGCAACCAGUGAGGCGGUGGUCCGCCGGCCCUCCCCGGUGAGCCCCGCUGGGGCGCACGGACCCCCUCAGGCUGUGCCGGUGCCGCCGUCGCUGUCCUUGUGAAUCGAAUGUCGGAUCAAUGCAAUAGCCCCAGGGGCAUGGAGGGGGGGGGACACACAGACCCCCCCCCCCACCGCUCGGCCCUGGGGACAACGUGGGGGGGGGAUUAGGCAGGAGGGAGGCAGCAGCCGAGCCUGCCCAACCUCUGGCCCCGGCUGCCCCCCCCCCCCCCCCAGUUUGAAGCGGCCGCCUGCCCGGCAGAGCCUCCUCUGCGUUAAAGGCACUUUAAGGGACUGGGACUGUCCUAUCCCUCCCCGUCCCGCUCCCCGGGUUUAGCGGGGGGGUGUCCCACCCCGGCUCUGUCGCCCCCAGAGGCUGGGGGUGGCCCCGGCACGAUCCCCCCUUGCCCGCGGUGGCUGUGCUGGCUGCGAGCCCCGGGCCCCGCUUCCUCCGUCCCCGGUCGGCUGCCCAUGCAGGCAGCUGCCUGCGGUUGCCCGUGGCCCUGCUGCUGCCUCCCAGCCUUGCUCUGGUCUCACUCAGCCACUUUUUAACCCUUCCAGAUUGUAUCUCUAUCUCAAAUACUGAGUAAUUAAAGUGUCUUUUUUUU